AUGUUGUCUUUAUAGAUGUCUCAGUAUGUAUCGAAAGCAUUGCAGUUUAUGGAUAAAAAAGAUCUGGAAUGUGCCAUCUGCCUCAACAGGUUUCACCAACCAAAGACACUGAAAUGCAUGCACACCUAUUGCCUACAGUGUAUCCAGAAAUGGGUGGAAACUCAUGGAAAGAUGAAAUGCCCAACGUGUGGACAAGAACAUGAACUAACGAAAUAUGAUUUAAAAGAUCUUGCUGCAAAUACAAUGAUAAGUCAACUACUAGAGUAUGUCAUGAAAACUGAGGAUCAAAAACCAGCUAAAUGUUCUUGCUGUGACAUUCAUCAACCAGAAUACCACUGCCAAACAUGUCAACUGUAUUUAUGUGGAACGCCAUGUAUCAAACAACACCAGAUAAUACCUGCAUUGAGGAACCAUUCACUUUACACACUAGACAAGAAGGAACAAGAGAGCAGUUCAGAGGAACAAACCAAAUGUAAAGUUCAUUGCAACAACAUACUGGAGUUUUUCUGCUCCACUUGUAACAAAUCAGCAUGUAAGCAUUGUGAAAACAUCCUUCGCUGUUAUCAAAAAGAACAUAAAGUGAUUCCAUUGUCAACUGCUAUUAAUGAGUUCAACAAUGAUGCCACUGAAAUUGUCAAGGUAGCACAUGAAAUUAAAAAUAAAUUAAAAGAAAAACUAGAAUUUGUAACUAAAGAUAAAUCAGAAUUUGAUUCUCAACUAAAGUUAUGCAGAACAACCAUAAAAAUUCAGGAAAAAAAAAUAAUUAAAACAGUUACAGAGAAAAGCAAAGAAUUAAUGUCAGACCUUGAAGAGAUAUACAAUGAGAAAAAAGAAGACACUGACAGUAAAGUUCAAGAUAUUGAUUCAAAGAUGACUCAAAUAAACAAUCUGAUGGCCUCAGUCAAUACAAUUAUGAACAAACCAGAAGAAACAGAAACUCUUCAAUUACAUACGACAACUAUCAAUACUGUUAAAGACAAAGUCCUAGGAAAUGAUUUUGAUCAAUCAUUUAAGAACAAAAAUAUUGCACCAAAUUUCAUUCCAUCUACGCAACUGGAUCAAUUGAUGGUUGUAGACGGCAUUGGUAAAAUUGUUGAUAGCAGAAUGUGCAAGGUUGCUAAAGAUGAUGAAGCUAUUGCUGUCACAAAAGAACAACCGUUUGUAGUUAAAGUUUCAAGUCCUUCUAUGAGUGAUUCUUGUCAUUUAACUGUUACUCUAAUCAAUGCAUCAGGUGAAGAAUCAGCUACAGAGAUAGAAUAUAACAAGAAUGGAGAGUACAAAAUAACAGGUAGAUGCAAUGUGGAAGGUGAUUGGCAUAUGAAGAUCACCACUGGAGGUGCACACAUCAAAGGAUCUCCAGUGAAUAUCAAGGUGGAAUCACUGGGACUUGUCCAUACCUUUGGUAACAUAUCAGAAUAUAAAGAACAUUGCAAAAUGAAAAAAGUGAGAGAUGUAGUAUUAGAUACAGAUGGAUGCAUAUUAGUUUCAAGCUACAGUCGAGAAAUAUUAAAGUUCAGUCAGUUGGGUUUGUUUGUUGCUAGGAUACAGAUGCCACAAGAUGUGAUAGUCAAUAGAAUGCAUCUAAUGGGUGAUGGUCACAUGGUGUACAGUAAUGAGAAAGAAAAAUGUGUUGUAAUGUGUGAUAAUAAAUUUAAAGAAAUUAUCUCAUUUGGUAAAGGAGUAUUGAAAAACCCUAAUGGUUUAACAGUAAAUAAGGCAACUAGAGUUCUGUACGUAGCAGAUCGUGAAGCUCACUGUGUGUUUAAAUUCAAUGUUGAUGAUGGUAGACUGCUGGGUAAGAUAGGUUCAGAGGGCAGUGAAGUAGGUCAAAUGAAUGAACCAUAUGAUGUCACUUUAAAUAAUGAAGGUUGUGUAAUUGUUGCUGACUUUAGAAAUCACAGAAUACAAAUGUUUGAUGCAAAUGGUAAGUUCAUGAGAAUCCUUAUAGGCUAUAGUAAAAAAGAUGGUAAAGUUUUGGGUCCUUGUGGUGUAAUUAUAGAUAUGGAUGAGAAUAUAAUAGUAUCAAGUAAUCAUAAACUACAAUUAUUUGAUAAAAAUGGUGUCUUCACAAAACGAAUAGAUCAUGAAGAUGAUGGAAUAGCUAUCCCAUUAGGAAUCACUGUAAUUUCCAAUAGGCCAAGAAGAGUAGCAGUAGCAAACCACAAACCAAAUAAUGUUAAAAUGUUUAACUAUUAAAACGACAUUGAAAUACAUGACUUAUUAGCUUCAUGCAGAGAACCACAAAUCUGCAAGUACGAGACUUCUGAAAACCACACCCCUGCAUCCCUCUCCCCA